AUGGGUGUUGGAAACCUCAUGGCCCGGUUCAAGCCCGGUUCGGAGUCUCAGUUCUCCUCGCAGGCUCCCACUCCUGCUCGGGCUGACUCGACCGUGGAGAAGAAUGAGGGCAUCAUCGAUGAUAGCCCCGUCAAGUACCUGACCUGGCGUUCGUUCAUUCUGGGUCUGUGUGUCUCCAUGGGUGGCUUCAUCUUCGGUUACUCCACUGGUCAAAUCUCGGGUUUCACCACCAUGACCGACUUCAAGAUGCGCUUCGCCGAGUACAACGCUGCCACCGGUGAAUAUGCCUUCAGCAACGUUCGCAACGGUCUCAUUGUCGGCCUUCUCUCUAUCGGAACUAUGAUUGGCGCCCUGGUGGCUGCCCCCAUUGCUGACCGUAUCGGCCGCAAGUUCUCCAUCUCCUUCUGGGCCCUGAUCAACAUGGUCGGUAUCAUCGUGCAGAUUGCCACCGUUGACAAGUGGUACCAGAUUGCUCUCGGCCGUUGGGUCAUGGGUCUCGGUGUCGGUGCUCUGUCCAGCGUUGUCCCCAUGUACCAGUCCGAGUCCGCUCCUCGCCAGGUCCGUGGUGCCAUGGUCAGCGCUUUCCAGCUGUUCGUCGCCUUCGGUAUCUUCAUCUCUUACAUCAUCAACUUCGGUACUGAGCGCCUCAACUCCACCGCCUCCUGGCGUAUCACCAUGGGCAUCGGCUUUGCGUGGCCCCUCAUCCUCGGUAUCGGCACCUUGUUUCUGCCCGAGUCGCCCCGUUUCGCUUACCGUCACGGCCGUGUCGAGGAGGCUCGUGAGGUCAUGGCCAAGCUCUACGGUGUCCCCACCAACCACCGUGUCGUUGCCCAGGAGAUGUCUGAUAUGAAGAACAAGCUUGACGAGGAGCUUGCUGUUGGCAAGGCUGCCUGGCACGAGGUCCUCACCGGCCCCCGCAUGUUCUACCGUACCAUGCUCGGAAUUGCUCUCCAGUCCCUGCAGCAGCUGACCGGUGCCAACUUCAUCUUCUACUACGGUACCUCCAUCUUCCAGGGUGUUGGUCUGUCCAACUCCUACGUCACCCAGAUCAUCCUGGGUGCUGUCAACUUCGGUAUGACUCUGCCUGGCCUGUACAUUGUUGAGCACUAUGGACGCCGCAAGUGUCUCAUGGCCGGUGCCGCUUGGUGCUUCGUCUGCUUCAUGAUCUGGGCCUCCGUCGGCCACGAGGUCCUCCACGUCAACCCCUCCUCUCACCCCGCCGGUGUUGCCAUGAUCGUCUUCACCUGCUUCUUCAUCGUCGGCUUCGCCACCACCUGGGGUCCCAUCGUCUGGGCCAUCUGCGGUGAGAUGUACCCCUUCCGCUACCGUGCUACCUGCAUGGGAGUCGCCACCGCCGCCAACUGGACCUGGAACUUCCUCAUCUCCUUCUUCACCCCCUUCAUCUCCAGCUCCAUCGACUUCAGCUACGGCUACGUCUUCGCUGCCUGCUGCUUCGCCGCCAUCUGGGUUGUCUUCUUCUUCGUCAACGAGACCCAGGGUCGCACCCUCGAGGAGGUCGACACCAUGUACGUCCUGCACGUCAAGCCCUGGAAGUCUGCCAGCUGGGUUCCUCCCGAGGGUAUCGUUGACGACCUCCACGCCCCUGCCGUGCCCGAGCCCAAGGAGGGCGCCGAGCACCACCAGCACCACGACCAGCCCACUGAGAUCCCCGAGCAGCAGUAG